AUGGCACAGUUCUCGAAGCGAAGUGUCGUGAAGCAUCGCACGCGUUCGGGUCCCCAAGCGAAGGGAUCGAAAGGCGGAUUUUCCGUCGGUGCCACCAAUGUGCCGAAUGGCGCGUAUAUUGGGCGAGCCAAGAAGCACAAAGCGGAUUUGAUCCAUAAAGCCAAAGUGAAGAAGGCCUAUUACAAGAUGCUUAAACACGAAGGAGGGCCGGAAGAGUCAGAGGGCGUGGACUUGGAGCCGUCAAAGCAGGAUCUGGGCCGCUUUGCGCCUGAGAACGACGAAGAGGAUGGCUUAGAGACGCUUCAGCCUCGGGAGGAACGUGAGCCCGCCAAGGAGCCAGCAUCCAAGCCGAAAAAGCUACCGUACUUUUAUAAACCACCGAAGAAGAAGGACGCUACAGCGAAACCUGUGCCCAAGCGGACCAAGGAAGAAGCCAUCGAAGAACGUGAGGCGCGUCGAGAGAAGUGGAACCGCAAGAGCCCCAGUCGCUUGGGUCGUCAGCGCGGCCAGCCUGAUCUGGGCGCACGCGUGGAAGUCAUGCUGGAGAAAAUUCAGCGGCAGGCCAAUUAG